AUGGAAACUUUGUCAGACACGACUUGGGAUGUCAUCAUUGAUGGGACUGGGGUUCCUCAGUCUCUUCUGGCACUGGCCCUCUCACGAUCCGGAAAGAAGGUUCUUCACAUAGACUCAAACCAGUACUAUGGUGGUUCAGAUGCAGCCUUUAGUCUUGAUGAGGCCCAAGCAUGGGCAGAAAAAGUCAAUAAAGACACUAGCACACCAUCGUUCAAAGACGCCUCAAUUUUCAAACUGGACAAUUCUCUAGCCGAGGACAGUUUCCAAAAACUUGCAUCCAGCCGUGCUUACACUUUGUCCCUGUCCCCUUAUCUCUUAUAUGCCCGUUCUCAACUAAUGUCAGCGCUCGUAUCCUCAAAGGUAUUUCGCCAGUUGGAGUUCAUGGCUGUUGGCAGCUGGUGGAUUUACACACCGGAACAGCCAGAAUCUAAAACUGGCGAGUCUGGCGCAGAAAAUAUUCUCUACCGCGUACCUGGCAACCGUGAGGAUGUGUUUGCUGCAAACCAUAUCAGCAUGAAGUCCAAGCGAACCCUCAUGCGAUUAUUGCGUCAUAUCACCAAGCCCAAUGAGGAUGAUUCUUCAAAUGAGAAUGAGGAUUUAUCAAUGCCUUUGAAUGAUUACUUAGCUUCCAAGUUCAGUGUCCCGGAGGAACUUCAUAACCCUCUGCUGUCGCUGUCUCUCUCGCAGUUUUCUAAACAAGAUACCUCUGCCAGUUAUGCUGUGCCCAGGAUCCAAAGGCAUCUUUCAUCCAUCGGCCAUCUUGGCCCUGGGUUUGGAGCUGUGAUUGCCAAAUAUGGUAGCGGAGCUGAAAUUCUGCAAGCAGCCUGUCGUGCAUCCGCUGUGGGAGGAGGUGUAUAUGCUUUGGACACGCACAUUGAUGAUUGCUUAUGGCGGACAGGCUCUGAACAUUCCAAACAUCCUUUUCUGUUGAAGAUAACGAAUGAAGGGUCUGUUCAGUCGAAAUACCUGUUCACCUCGUCAGAUACUCCUUCCAAAUCGCGCAUGACGCCCUUGGUUGAAGUUGCCCGCUCGAUCAGUGUUGUGUCGGCUACUUUCCCGUCUCUUUUUCCUGUUGUAGUUGAAGGUGCUCCUGUGCCUGCAACUACAGUUCUCAUGUUCCCAGGGGAUACAUUGGGAAGUCCCCAAUCCCCGCCUGUAUACCUGCAGGUUCAUUCAAGCGACACGGGCGAAUGUCCACAUCAGCAAAGUAUAAUUUAUUGCAGCGUGGCACUGCCUGGGCCAGAAGGUCAAGCACUCAUUGAGUCUGCCGUGGAUAGACUGAUUCGGGCAGAAGGUCUCCCGGCCAGUGUGCUGUGGUCCUUGCGAUACACCCAUAUUGGUCCUGUAAGCAAUGGUGAGCCCCGGCAUCUUAUUGUCGAGGACGGAGUUCCUAAUGGCUACAAUUUCCCUCCUUCGAGCCUUGACUUGGCAUUCGAAGACGACACUCUCGACCUUGUAAAAGAGGCUUGGAAGAUAGUCGUAGGAGAUGAAGUUGAUGAGGCUGAUUUCAUGACGUUUGACGAUCGCGAUGGCACUUCUGAUGAUUCGUAG